GUGAGCUAAUGAACAAAUUGACCUUUUUUCCACAGGUGUUCUUUGACACCAUCAUCUAUGAGCGGCCUCUUCAGAACUGCUGGCAUCUCGGCUCCUACAAGUGUUAUAUUGCACUUAUUGCCGAACUUUUGCGACUUCAACAGAACAAACAGCUCUCAGCUAACAUAUCUGUUGAAGACAUGAUUGAGCUGCUGAUGGAGGAGAGCAAGAAGACUCUCAGAAUCCAGAUGUGGGAAUUUGAAAUGGACGGCUUCCAUAAGACCUACGCCAAACCUCUUGCCCAGCUGGUGUGGGAAGUGAGCAACAGCAUGAAAAAUAGAGAUGUGGAGUUUGAAGCCAGAAGGUUCCUCCACACCUCAGAGCCCAUGCCUCACAACUUCCAACAUCCCAUGAUCAUCAGCCAGGCCAAGGAGUUUGCCAGGAGGCUGACAGAGCAGCAGUGUGAGGCCCCCAGCUCCAAACAGCCUGAACCAUGGGAGGUGGUGGCGGAGGUGGUUCCCAAAGUCCUGCAGGGCUUCUGGGACCUUCCUCCAGGCACUUGUGUCGACAUGCCCUCCAAGAAGCUCUGUAAAAUGGCUGUUGGAGUCACAAAAGCUGUAGAGGACCAAGUCUACGCUGCUCUGUCGUCCAUAUUUGUGCAGUUCAUGUACACUCGCACCAUACGAGACGACAUAGUCCAGUCUAUCCAGGACAAAGUUAGACAGGCCUACACCGAAGACGUCUUGAAAAAGAGUCUCAGCCGGUUUGCUGCAGAGUUGCUGAACACCAUUGUUGAUGUCACAGUGGAAGAAAUCUGUUUGUUGUUUCCUCCAGAUUGUCUUGCCACCACUGCUGAACCACCAGUGCUAUUGUACAGUACCCUGGAUGCAACAGAGCAACGGGAGUCGUCCAUUCCUGUCGUCCACCAAACCCAGACUACAUCUGCUGUGGCUCCACCCCCUCCACCUCCACCUGCACCGGCAACCACCGCAGAUGAACCUCCAGCCAGCGUUCAGCUUCCAUUUGGGUUUUCAUUGUUUUAUUUUGGUUUCAUUUGUUUUCAUUUUUAUUUCGCAGUCCAUUCAUGUAGUUCAUUUUCUGUGGCGUAUUUCGCGUCAUUUCCGUGCAUGGCAUUUUUGUUCGUGUUCAUUUUCUUUAAUUUAGUUUCAUUUAGUUUUUAUUCAGUUUUAUUUAGUUUUCAUUGUUUCUUGUUUUACUUCAAGGUCAUUUACAUUUUUGUUUUAAUUAUUCAUUUAAUUUUCAUUUUGUGUUAUUUAGUUUGAAUUUGUUGUUUUUUUGGUGGUGUUGAAAAAGCUGACUGUCUCUGUUGGGUCUGAACUGAGCCCACAAGAGACUCUACUGUAGUUUCAGCUCCACUCUACCAUUUUCAUUUAGAUUUUUUAUUUUUUUUUAUUUCAUUGUUAUUGCUUUAUUGGUUUUGUUUCAUUGUUAUUGCAUUUCAAUAAAUUGUUCCAUUCAGAUUAUUCUGAAUUUCCA